AUGAGGACGGAGAACCAGAGUAGCGUGUCCGAAUUCGUCCUCCUGGGGCUCCCCAUCCGGCCAGAGCAGCAGGGCGUGUUCUUCUUCCUGUUCCUGGGGAUGUACCUGACCACUGUGCUGGGGAACCUGCUCAUCAUCCUUCUCAUCUGGCUGGACUCCCACCUCCACACCCCCAUGUACUUCUUCCUCAGCCACUUGGCCUUUUCUGACAUUUCCAUUUCCUCUAUCACAGUUCCAAAGAUGCUGAUGAAUAUGCAGGCUCAGCAAGGAUCCAUCUCCUAUGCGGGGUGCAUUUCUCAGAUAUAUUUUUUCAUACUUUUUGGCUGUCUUGACAAUUUCCUUCUUGCAGUGAUGGCCUAUGACAGGUAUGUGGCCAUCUGCCACCCGUUGCGCUAUAUCACAGUCAUGAGGGAGGAGCUGUGUGUCUCAUUAGUAGCCGUGUCCUGGUGUUUCUGUUGUGCCCAUGCCCUGUUGCACACCCUCCUGUUGCUCCAACUCAUGAGGCCUGAGAACCAGAGCAGCGUGUCCGAGUUCCUCCUCCUGGGGCUCCCCAUCCCGCCAGAGCAGCAGGGCGUGUUCUUCCUCCUGUUCCUGGGCAUGUACCUGACCACGGUGCUGGGGAACCUGCUCAUCAUCCUGCUCAUCCGGCUGGACUCCCGCCUCCACACCCCCAUGUACUUCUUCCUCAGCCACUUGGCCCUCACUGACGUCUCCUUUUCAUCUGUCACCGUCCCGAAGAUGCUGAUGAACAUGCAGACCCAACACCUCUCCAUCCCCUAUGUGGGGUGCAUAGCACAGAUGUAUUUUUUCAUCUUUUUUACCGACCUGGACAGCUUUCUUAUUGCAUCAAUGGCAUAUGACCGAUAUGUUGCCAUAUGUCACCCUCUCCACUACACCACCAUCAUGAGGGAAGAGCUCUGCACCUUAUUGGUGGCCAUAUCCUGGGUCCUGUCUUGUGCCAGCUCCCUCUCCCACACCCUUCUCCUGACCCGGCUGUCCUUCUGCGCUGCUAAUGCCAUUCCCCACUUCUUCUGUGACCUUGCUGCCCUGCUCAAGCUGUCCUGCUCAGACAUCUUCCUCAAUGAGCUGGUCAUGUUUACAGUAGGGGUGGUGGUCAUUACCCUACCAUUCUUAUGUAUCUUGGUAUCUUAUGGUUACAUUGGGGCCACCAUCCUGAGGGUCCCUUCAACCAAAGGGAUCUGCAAAGCAUUGUCCACGUGUGGGUCCCAUCUCUCUGUGGUGUCUCUGUACUAUGGGGCAAUAUUUGGGCAGUACCUCUUCCCAGCAUUAAGCAAUCCCAUUGACAAGGACAUUAUUGUGGCUCUCAUGUACACGGUGGUCACACCCAUGUUGAACCCCUUUAUCUACAGCCUUAGGAACAGGGACAUGAAAGAGGCCCUUGGGAAACUCUGCAGUAGAGCAAUACUUUUCUCACAGUGA